GGGCUUCCGUUGACGUGAGGCACUUCACUGUUGUUGCUGUUGCACUGUGGACUUUUCCGCAAACCCUGUGAUGGGAAGAUUAUGUGUUGAUAAUAUUUCAAAUACAUAAACCAGAACUAUGAUUUGCAUGCUGUUAGUUGCAGGGCACGGCACGAUUUUAGAGACACAGAUCAAGAGUGAUAUUACAGGUCUGUAUGCUCAUCUGACCGGUGUGCCCAAAGCUCUGUUACCUGGAGUCGGGGGAAAGAAAAUAUUGGAUUUCUGGUGGGAAACCGUCAACACGCGCCAGCUCUUCAGUGAAGUCUACCUGGUUACAAAUGCUGAUAAAUACAAGCACUAUGAACGGUGGGCAACAGCAAACGACUUUCCAGUGGAGAAUGUUGUGAAUGAUGGCAGCACUACUUUGGACAACAGACUUGGGGCUGUCGCAGAUCUUGAGUUGGCCAUCAGAAGCCGACAGCUACAAGAUGACAUCAUGGUGAUCGCAGGAGACAUGCUUUGUGCUGAUCAGAACUUUGACAUUGCACAAGUCAUUCGCUUUUUCAGAUCUAAGCCUGGAGAACUUGCUAUUUAUUAUGAACUGGAGUCGGGAGAGAAGAGCUACACCAGAGGAAUUGUUGAAGUUUGUCCAAACACCCAUCGGGUCAUGCGAUUCUUUGAGAAGCCUCAGGAGGGAGUCACUACUUCUCGUCUGGCCAGUGUGGUGUUCUACUGCCUACGCAAAGAGUCCUUACUGUACAUCUCUGAAUUCCUCAUUCAAAACCCUGAUGCUAAUGAUAGAACUUUUGGCAAGUUUUGGGAAUGGCUUAUAAAUGAGGAGAAAAUUCCUGUUUAUGGGAUGAAGUUACCAACAGGAUUUCAACUAAUUGGACAAGUGGGUCUGUCUGAUUACACAAAAUGGCUCGCACACUAUUCUUCAAAGCAGCAGCUGUCCCCAUCUAAACCCAUUACAUGCCGCUCCUUUGCCAGGGUUGGACUCAUGGGGAACCCCUCUGAUGGUUUCAAUGGGAAAACUAUUGCUAUGAGCAUAGCUAAUUUCUGGGCUGAGGUCACGCUUAUUGAGAGCCAGACUUUGGUUCUUCUACCUCAUCCUCUGAAUGACCCCACAGAGUUCGGAAGCUUGCAGGAUCUUUUUCGGAUCAGCCGGAAAGAAGGGUAUUUGGGAGGCCUGAGACUUCUACAAGCCACCUGUAAAAAGUUUUACCAGUUCUGCUCUGAACAAGGCAUUGCUCUGUCCAAGCAGAACUUUACGCUCAAGUAUGACACAAACAUUCCUCGGCAAGUGGGUUUAGCUGGCAGUAGUGCGAUUGUGUCUGCCACCUUGAAGUGCCUGAUGAAGUUUUACAACAUCACAGACAACGAUCUUCCUAAACCAAUCAGAGCCAACUUUAUCCUCAACGUUGAGACUGAUGAGCUGUUCAUCACAGCUGGUCUACAGGAUCGAGUUGUGCAGGUCUAUGAAGGCUUGGUUUACAUGGACUUCAAUAAACAGCUGAUAGAUGAGCGGGGUUAUGGGGAGUACAUUCCCUUGGAUAUGAGCGAUCUUCCCUUGUUCUGGCUAGCCUAUUUGGGCAAUCCGAGUGAUUCUGGACAAAUUCACAGUAAUGUUAGACAGCGCUGGUUGAACGGUGAAUCUGCUGUUGUUGAAGCUAUGAAAUCCUUCGCUGAUCUCACAGACCAAGCCCGUGCUGCCUUUCAGUGUAAAGACUGGCCCAGACUUGCACAGCUCAUGGAUGAAAACUUUGAGCUUCGCCGGUCGGUGUAUACUGAUCACUGUUUGGGCCCUGGAAGUCUGAAAAUGGUCCAGAUUGCGAGACAGUUUGGAUCUGCAGUCAAAUUGCCUGGCAGUGGUGGUGCUGUGGUUGGAUUGUGUAUGGACACUGAGCGGCUGGUGGAGAUGAAGAGGGCUUUCCAAGAGGCUGGAUGUGUGUUUUGUUUUAUUGUGCCUUAUGAUCCAUCAGUGCAGAGUCAAAACUGAUCAAUCAGUGAAAAGGUUUUAUUGUUUGUUUGCCAAAAAGCUGUGUUAUAAAGACUCCAUAAGAGGAACAUUCCUUAAAGUGAUGGUUCAACCAAAAAAAAAAAAAAAAAAAAAAUCAGUCAUCAGUUAUUCCAAACAUGUAUGAUUUUAUGUAUUCCGUGGAACAUAAAAGAAGAUAUUGUUACUAUUUUGUAUCUAUACAAAGAAAAAUCAUUAGUAGACAAUUUUUUUUUUUUUGGUUACUAACAUUCUUCUAAAUAUUUUAUUUUGUGUUCCACAGAAAAAAAGUAAGUCAUGGAGAGGUUUGUAAUUCAGACUUUUCAUUUUUGGGAGAACUAUUCCUUUUAAGGUUGACUUAAGUUUUCAGUUUAAAUGAACUUGUCACUGUUUUCCUAUUUCAGAUUAAUAUAUCACCGGUCACUGUUUAGCAAAGGGUGGGGCUCCAACUGUUUUGGAUGGAAAAGAGAAACAAUUGACCUUGCAAUGGUAGUCUUUCACACCCAUCCUGUUCUUGUGUCGUAAAGACAUUUUUGUGAAGAGCCAAAAGUGUUUAUUCCAGUAGAUGUGAUUUGUGAAUGGAAGUUGUUAUUGAAUUAAAUCUGUAUAUUAUAGUCAACACUACCAAGUCAUUUCAAAAGUUCUAUAUGUAAGUCAAUAUGUGAAUGAAUCAAAUAAAUCCUUUGACUCACUUUA